AUGCCCCUCGCAGUUUCGAAGACGCCCUCCUCGGUGCCUCCCUCGACGGAGGAAGUCUCCUCGAUUCUCAACACUGCUUUCAAUGCUGAGACAUCUCAGCAGAGCCUCGAUGCCUCGUAUGCGUUGACAACCCUGUUGACCCAGAGUGUCGGGUAUCGCGGUCUCCAGCACUACAACGUCCUGCAAGAGGUGAAGAAGGCUGCUGCUGAUAAGAAGAAUGGAGCCAAACGGGAAAGCGCUAUGCUGAUCCUAGGCGCUCUGUUUGAACGGUUUCCCCCAGCUCAUCCGUUGAGCGAAGUUGUCUUCCUUCUCCAGGAUGGUGGGGUUCUCAACAUCGCGCUGGAUGCCUUGGCCGAUAAGGGUGCAGUCGUACGCGAGGCCGCGCAGUAUGCCAUUGACGCUUUGUUUGCCUGUCUCAAGCCCGAGUCCUUGGUCAAUGCCCUCCUUCCUGCGAUCGAGAAGUACCUCAGCAAAUCCACUGGCAAGUGGCAGGGGUUCGUGGGUGCGUAUGCCCUCGUGGAGAAGAUGGCCGUCAAAGCCCAGAUGGGUGCAGGAACGAAACAAGAGGAAGAGUUGAAGGAUUUGCUGCGUGAGGCUAUGGGAAAGACGCUUAAGGACCUGAUUCCUCUCGUUGAAUCUGGCAUGCAUGACCUCAAGAACGAAGUUGCGAAGCAGGCUACCAAGGCCAUGGCUGCUCUUACUACCCUUCUUUCUAACGAUGAUGUCGCACCCCGUAUUCCUCUGUUGAUGAAGACCAUGGAACAACCAUCUGAGCAGACAUUGCAGAAGGCUAUCCAUGCCCUUUCCCAGACCACGUUCGUCGCAAUCGUUACUUCUCCAGUUCUUGCACUUCUCACCCCUCUCCUGGAGCGGUCCCUAAAUGCACCCACCACUCCUCAGGAGGUCCUCCGUCAGACUGUUGUUGUCGUGGAAAAUUUGACGAAACUUGUUCAUGAUCCAGCGGAAGCACGCACUUUCCUUCCCAAGCUGAAGCCUGGUGUCCAAGCUGUGAAGGAUCGUGCCUCACUCCCCGAAGUCCGUGAGCUCGCCACGCGCGCUUUGAGCGUAAUCGAGAAGGCCAUGAGCGAUAGUGACCUUGCAGCUGGUUCGAUUGCCAAGACCACUCCAGAGGAUGUUCUAUCUAUCCUGAAUGCGAAGAUUCAAGAACGAGGUGGCGCGGCAUCCCCCGAGGAUGCAGCAUUUCUGGAAUUGGUCAAGAACUACAUCGCUGGAAUGGUUCGAGAGGACGUGAACUGCAGAAUGUUCGACCGCAUAGUUGAUUGCACAGCGCCGUAUCUUCGCGGAUUACUCAAGGAUGACCAGCAGGAUACUGUUGCUUCUGACUUGAAAGCUCACUUUGUCGAGGAAGACCAUCGGAAGUUCGGCCAACCAGUUCAAGAGGACCCGAAUGAGGUUGAAAUCGUCAAUGCGGACUUCUCUUUGGCUUACGGAGGUAUGCUGCUUCUGUCUCAUACUAAACUGCGCCUCUUGAAGGGUCAUCGCUAUGGUCUUUGCGGUCGAAAUGGAGCUGGAAAGUCCACUCUCAUGCGCAGUAUCGGUGACGGCAAACUGGAAGGCUUCCCUCCACAAGACGUUGUCAAGACUUGCUUCGUUGAGCAUAACCAGGGCGAAGAUGCGGAUAUCAGCAUCUUGGAGUAUGUCUGUAAGGACCCCAGAAUCGAUGCGGACCGCGACCAUAUUUCCAAAUUUCUGCUCGACUUCGGCUUUACCGACGGCCCGGAGGGCAGGCAAUCGCAGAAAGUUGGCUCCCUGUCCGGUGGUUGGAAGAUGAAGCUUGCCCUUGCUCGUGCUAUGCUCAUGAAGGCCGACGUGCUUCUUCUGGACGAACCGACCAACCAUCUCGAUGUUGCAAACGUGAAAUGGUUACAGGAAUACCUGAAGAAACAUACCGAGAUCACUAGUUUGAUCGUCAGCCACGACUCCGGAUUCCUUGACGAGGUAUGCACAGAUAUUUACCACUACGAACAGAAGAAGCUUGUUCAUUACAAGGGCAACCUGGCUGCUUUCGUCAAAGUAAAGCCUGAGGCCAAGAGCUAUUACACCCUGUCCGCCACCAAUGUGCAAUUCAAGUUCCCCCCACCCGGUAUCUUGUCCGGUGUUAAGUCACAUACUCGCGCUAUUCUUCGCAUAAGCAACGUGUCGUACACGUAUCCUGGAGCCAGCAAACCCUCUCUGGUUGAUGCGUCUCUGACACUAUCGCUGUCAUCUCGCGUGGCUAUCAUCGGUGGCAAUGGUGCCGGAAAGUCUACUUUCAUCAAACUCCUUACCGGUGAAACUAUUCCUCAAACUGGUAAGGUUGAGAAGCAUCCCAACCUUCGUAUUGGGUACAUCAAGCAGCAUGCGCUCGAGCACGUGGAAAUGCAUUUGGAAAAGACUCCCAGCCAGUAUCUCCAGUGGCGGUAUGCCAACGGAGAUGAUCGUGAAGUCUUCCUGAAGCAAACUCGCAUGCUCACCGAAGAAGACAAGGCUCAAAUGGAGAAGCCAGUGGAUCUUGGGGAUGGCAGGGGCCCUCGUCGUAUCGAAGCACUUAUGGGCCGGCAGAAAUGGAAGAAGAGUUUCCAGUAUGAAGUUAAAUGGAUUGGUCUGCUGCCGAAGCACAAUACCAUGAUCUCCCGUGAAACUUUGCUGGAACUUGGCUUCUUCAAACUUGUCCAGGAGUUUGACGAUCACGAAGCUUCCCGCGAGGGUCUUGGAUUCCGUGUGCUUGAGCCCAAGGUGAUUGCCAAACACUUCGAGGACGUUGGUAUGGACCCUGAGAUUGCCACUCACAACCAAAUCUCGGGUCUUUCUGGAGGACAGAAGGUCAAGGUUGUCCUCGCGGGUGCUAUGUGGAACAACCCUCAUCUGCUGGUCCUUGACGAACCGACUAACUUCUUGGACCGUGAUUCCCUGGGUGGCCUGGCUGUUGCCAUCCGCGACUUCAAGGGCGGUGUUGUCAUGAUCUCCCACAACGAAGAAUUCGUGGGCGCUCUCUGCCCGGAGCAACUGCACGUCGCUGACGGCCGCAUCGUUAGCCGGACGAACACUGCUGUCGCUACUGAUCGCUUCGAAGACAGCGCCACCAACUCGGCAGCUACCAGCGCUGCCCCCAGUGCUGCUCCAUCAACCGUCAACUCCGGAGCGGAAGACGGUGGAGAACUGAAAUUCAAGGCUAAGAAGAAGAAGAAGCUGACACGUGCGCAGCUCAAGGAGCGGGAAGUCCGCCGGAGACUGAGACACAUCGAGUGGCUGAACUCUCCCAAGGGCACUCCCAAACCGCCAGACACUGAUGACGAGGCAUAA